CCGCCAUCUUUUGCCGGGGCUCGCUGACUGUCGGAGGCCUUCGGUGUAUUCUCCUGUGGUGUAGUCGCACGGACAGAGGCCAGGAUGUUCGCGGGGGCUCCGCGGAAGAAGAAGAGCAGUGGGAAGCAGCAGGCGGAGCUGCUGGUGUUCGGCUAUGCCUGCAAGGUGUUCCGGGACGACGAGAAGGCCCUGUACCAUGAGCAGGGCCGGCACCUCAUCCCAUGGAUGGGAGACAACAACAUUCUCAUCGAUAGCCGUUUGGCUAAGGGUGGAGCCUAGCCAUGAUUUUACCACCAAGGGAUCCACGCUUCUCUGGCGAAGAUUUCUGCUGCGGAUGCGGACUAGCAGAAAGAAGCGAGAAAAUAUCCAGCGUUUGGUUCUUUCGGAUAGGUAUGAUGGGCGUGGUCAUUUGCAUGACCUAUCUGAAUAUGAUGCAGAGCACAACUCAUGGAACAGAAACUACAAUAUAUCUGAAGAAGAGGCUCGUAUAGAAGCUUUGUGUGAUGAAGAGAGGUAUUUAGCGUUGCAUACGGACUUGCUUGAAGAGGAAGCAAGGCAAGAGGAAGAAUAUAAGCGGCUAAGUGAAGCCCUUGCAGAAGAUGGAACAUAUAAUUCAGUGGGUUUUCAAUAUCAGAGUGACUACUAUGAUCCUUCACAACCCACAGAAGAAGAGGAGCCACAAAAAGAAGACAAAGAUUCAAGCGAUGUUGAAGAUAAUGAAGAGCCUUUUAUUGCACCUGAAGGCCUGAAUGUGCCAUCUGAUGUAGAACUGCCGCCUACAGCAAAAAUGCACGCCAUCAUUGAACGCACAGCAAAUUUUGUCUGCAAGCAGGGUGCUCAGUUUGAAAUCAUGUUAAAGGCAAAACAAGCCCGGAAUUCACAGUUUGACUUCUUGCGUUUUGACCACUACCUCAACCCCUACUAUAAGCACAUACUGAGAGCCAUGAAGGAGGGACGCUACACUAUGCUGGCGGAAAAAACAAAUGAAGAGCAUAAAAAAACUGUGGUAAGCACAGAUAAUGUCGAUGAGGAGGAUGAUGACGAUGAUGAUGAAGACAGUGAUUACUUACAUCCAAGUCUGUUUGCCUCAAAGCGAUGUAGUAGGCUUGAAGAGCUCACAAAGCCCUUAAAGGUGAUUGAUCCAGACCACCCACUAGCAGCUCUUGUCAGAAAAGCUCAGAAUGAAAAGAUGGCCUCUCAGCUAGCUGCUAAUGUUGCACCUGCUCCACCUCCAGCUACUCAGACAGAAAGCACUACCGAGACAACGGUGGCCUCUACAUAUUAUAAUUACUACAUGCUACCUGAUGGAACUUACUGUCUUGCACCUCCUCCUCCGGGAAUGGAUGCCAGUGCAUGUUAUAGUUCAGUACCUGCAGGGGAAAAUGCACAGAGUACAAAAGAAGCUGCUCUAUCUGUUCCACAAGCCACCAUCUUGCCAUCUGUAAACAGCAUUGACAGCAGCAACACCUUAACUGCUGGUUUAAGUGCCACAAGCACACUUGCUCCAGUCGUGGCUAUUAUUCCUCCACCUCCUGACAUCCAGCCUGUAAUUGAUAAGCUUGCUCAGUAUGUGGCACGGAAUGGAAUUAAAUUUGAGACUAGUGUCCAAGCAAAGAAUGAUUCAAGGUUUGAGUUUCUACAGCCCUGGCACCAGUAUAAUCCAUACUAUGAAUUUAAGAAGCAGUUUUUCAUGCAAAAAGAAGGAAUUCUUCUUUCUCAGCCAUAUACAUCACCAGAUGACAACAGCAUUUCUACAGAAUCUCUACAGGACCCUGUGAUGCACAAUGAUACUGUGGAUGAUGAAACGAAUGCCGCAGGAGCAUCAAGUACCAUCUUUGAUGCAUCUUCUAGUAACAAACUUAUAUCUGAUGGGAAACUGAAAGUAUCAUUUGCUCCAAUAAGCUUUGCCAUAAAGGUGAAAGAAACGGAUCUUCUGCCUCUUGAAAAAAACAGAGUUAAAUUAGAUGAUGACAGUGAAGAGGAGGAAGAUGGCGAUGGCAAAGAUGGACAGCAAAAUAAAACCAGCAGUUCUAGUAAUAGCCAGAACUUAAGCACUGCAGCUAUUGUUGUUGAAGAAAAGAAACCACAGUUAACUCCAGAGGAGCUGGAGGCAAAGCAAGCAAAGCAGAAGCUAGAGGACAGACUGGCAGCAGCAGCCAGAGAGAAAUUAGCACAAGCAGCCAAGGAAUCCAAAGAGAAACAACUACAGGCUGAGCGCAAAAGGAAGGCAGCACUUUUCCUUCAAACACUAAAGAAUCCAUUAGAGAUGGAAUCAGGGAGGACAGAGGAGAACAAUUACAACCAAGAG